CCUUUGAUCAAUUCGAGUUACGAAGGGAGGAAAUACGGGUUUUGCCUUUUUCUCAAAGUAUAAAACUAGAAGUCUUCUGCAAAUCGAAAUCUGCUUUGUUUUCAAUUAUUUUACUUGCUAUUCGCUAAUCAUCGAUCAUCCAUGGCUUACGAAGACGAUCAGUAUCGCGACGAGGAUGGAGAACCGUUGAUGGACUACGAUGAUGUGCCAUCACCGGAACAGCAGGCGCAAGAGAACGACCUUCUACUAGAAGACGAUGACGUGGAUGGAUGGGGCGAGCAAGAGAGCGAGAGGCCACGUACACCUGUAUAUAAUCAUAACGAUAAAGCUGAAAAGCCGAGAAAGAGGCUGGUAAAGAAGAACGGAAAUUUAGGGAUUGGAGAGAAAGGAUAUAGUAGUAAUAAUACUUUUGAAAUACCUGAGCUGGUUGAUGAGGAUGAUGUUGAUGACGGCGAUAGAUUUGGGAAGAAGAGGAAGAGUUUCGGAAAGGAUUCUUAUGAAAAAUCGUCAUCAAAGAAGUUUAGUAGAGUGGAGAAGAAGUCUACCAGAGGUGGAAGCAGUAGCUCGAAGUCGAAGGGGAAGCUUUAUGGUAAAGAAGAUGGUGAAGUUAAGGAGAUGUGGGACACUAUUGCUGGGGGUGAUUCUGAGGAUGAUCAAGAGGGUCUUAGGACCAUGGAUGAUGAGAACUUUAUAGAUGACACCGGCGUGGAUCCUGCUGAUCGAUAUGGAAGUGAUAAUGAACGGCGUUCUCCUCGUGAUGCACCUCAGGCAGAGGAGGGCGAAGAGGAUGAGGAAAUCCAGGAGCUCUUUAAGAUGGGCAAGAAAAAGAAGAAGAAUGAAAAAAGUCCUGCAGAAAUUGCAUUAUUGGUCGAGAAAGUCAUGGCUGAGCUUGAGGUCACAGCUGAAGACGACGCAUUUCUUAAUAAACAGGGGAAACCUGCCAUUAGUAAGCUCAGGAAGUUGCCUCUUCUUACUGAUGUCCUCUCUAAGAAACAGCUCCAGCAAGAAUUCAUAGAUCAUGGAGUUCUAACUCUAUUAAAAACUUGGCUUGAACCUCUUCCAGAUGGAAGUUUACCCAAUAUAAAUAUCCGCGCUGCAAUCUUGAGGAUUUUGACUGAUUUCCAUAUUGAUCUAGAGCAGUAUGAUAGAAGAGAACAAUUGAAGAAAAGUGGUCUUGGAAAGGUUAUCAUGUUCUUAUCAAAAUCUGAUGAGGAAACCACAUCCAACAGGAAGCUUGCUAAGGAUUUGGUUGACAAAUGGAGUCGUCCAAUAUUUAACAAGAGUACAAGGUUUGAGGACAUGAGGAAUAUUGAUGAUGAUCGGCCUGCUCGACGGCCUGCCAUGAGAAGGCCGGUAAAUAGCACUUCAGGGAUGGAAUCCAGGGAUGGAGAUCUAGAUUUGGAUAUGUCACGGGAACGGAGGUCUGGCCAAUCAUCUUCAAAGCAACAUGCUUCUAGGCCAGAAGCUACUCCAUUGGAUUUUCUGGUGCGCCCUCAAUCUAAGAUUGAUCCUGAAGAAAUUAGAGCCCGUGCCAAACAAGUUGUACAAGAUCAGCGUCGCUUAAAGAUGAAUAAAAAGUUGCAACAACUGAAGGCACCGAAGAAAAAGCAGUUACAAGCUACAAAACUCAGUGUGGAGGGGCGUGGUAUGCUCAAGUACUUGUGAACUGUCGUGCCAUUGCAGCUGGGCAUAGCUUGAACUGAAUCGAACUGAACCAUAUGAUGCAUACUGCAAUGCUGGGCGUGGUUGCUGGCCAGUACAAUUUGUGGCCUUAGAAAAUUGCAUGGUGGCACUCGAACAUGGCGAGGGUCUAUAGUUUUUAUUAAAUGAAGUCUGCUGCUGUCCGUGUAUUUUAAUUUGUAAUGAUGAGUUGAUAAAAUUGUUGCAGGAAUACAAUAUAUGAAGAACAUUGAGUUUAUAGAGUUCUAAUUCUGUUCUUUUUAUGAAUCAGUAAUGGUAUUAUAUGUGCUGUUUUUGACUAGCAAA